UGGACGACGGACGUCGCGGCGUCGUCGGCGUCGGCCUCUGUUGUUUCAUAAUCAAGGAAAAUGCGCUCUAUAGUUGCUUUCGUCCUCGCGUUCGUGUCAGUGGUCACCGGCUGCACCUUCUGCGACAGACAGUUGCAGCUCAGGCAACUGCAACAAUUGUCCCAGCAGCAACAACAACAGCAACAACAAGGGUACAAGACGAUGGGUAGUCCGAGACCAUUUGGGGCUGAGAAACCUACCAGGGCGCAGGAAUUUAAUAGGACCGGUGUUCUACAUCCCGAGUACCAGAUACCUGCUACCCUUCGGCCUGGCAAUGUGUCUCAGUUCUAUUAUCUAAGUCCACGGGAAGGUCCACCUCUUACCUUACUAGUCAGUCCAUGUAGCGGACCCAUAUCAUGGACAGUCAGUUACGUCGAACCACCCGAAAACACUGAAGAAACGGAAGGAGCAAACUCUCAAUCGCGAUGGCCAGUGAAAAGUUUGAAGCCAGGUUCUCCCCUCUUUACCUACAAAGGAGCAGAGGACCAGAAUUUCACCAUAUCAAAAACAAGAGCUGGUUUAUAUUGGUUCGAAAUUGAAUCUAUGGAUCCGCCAGAUGCGAAUCUACAAAAAUUAACACCUAGCACAGUACUCUUGUAUGCAACAUCAAGUGGAUUACGACAUAUUCCGGAAUUGUAUGCUAAUGAAAGAGAAAAUCGUCAUCAUUCAUUAAGAUUUCAGCAACGAAGGAGCAAAAGACGACUUACCAUAUCUUGGAAUAAAAGCAACAUAGAUCCCCAUCUCUCUCAUUAUUGUUUAGCAGUGACAUCAGGAUCUCAAGCACACCCUUUAACGCUUUGCGCAGCGCAGAACUUAUUACGUGUCCAUCCUUAUCCAAGUAAAGGAAGCUCUUCGAAGGAACAACAACAUCGUGGUAUUCCGGAAGGACUUCAUUGCGUGCGUCAAACAAAAUUGACGCUUCACAGAAUGAAGUACGAUACCACGUACAAUUUCACUUUAUACGUGGUGAAUACCCGAAAUAAUGUUUCGAAUCGGAUAGCAACCGAUGCUAUAAGAUUCCGAAGAACCCCGGAACUGAUACUACGUACCGGAAGGUACACUACUGCAAAUUUACGAAAAACUGAUGGAUUCAUCAACUUCCGGUACCGUCCUCCAGGAAAUGCCUCGAGUAUCUUCCAUAUUCUACCCUGUGGUGGUGGCAUCGUUAAAGCGAAAUUAAAUGGGCCAGGAAUUUUAAGGGAAAAAGAGGUUGUAGGAUAUGCAUCAUUAAGGGUACCACCUUUAACUUCGGGGAAGACAUACACAUUACGGAUAUCCGCUACACCACAGGAAUUAGUACGGGUAUCCGCCAUAAAAGUACUAGCCACCCAAGAAUCGUCGACCAUAUACCCUCAGAUACCAUCUAGAAGUGCACCCCACGAGUAUCGUUCUCUAAGAACUUGCCACGAAGUAACGGUAGGAGUAGAAUCGGCAGGUGCAGCAAAAUAUUGCAUCCUAGUACGAGAAUUAAAAAGUUCAUCAUCAAUAUCCAGCAUAACAACAAUACCAGACCAAUGUGGUCUUCAUCGUCGACGUCGUUCCGAAUAUACCUUCGAAGUAUGCGAAGAGAAACAAAGUCCUCCUAAGGAUAGGGCACUUCCUUUCACCCUGAAGAGACUGCAACCAGGAAAGACCUAUCUUCUACAAAUCACGGCUCAAUUGAAGGGUCAAUCUUUAUCCUAUCCACUGUUAGUUGUACGUACACGACGUUCCUGUAUACCUUGAUACUAACGAAAUAGAAAUUACCAAUGACAAUUAUUAACCCUGCUGUCCUCUUUCUUCGUCAUUGGAGUAAUUAGGAUUUAUUUCGGGGUCCCUUAGAAAUUUCGAAAUUCUGGAAGGCAGAAAAUUUGGAAACCUAAGCUUUGGAAUUUUGGAAUUUAAGAAGUUUAACAUUCUGAAAUUUUUUAAUUGAAAUUCCAACUAAUUCAAUUUGAUAAAGUAAUGUCUAUUUUUUUCUAAAAUUCAAAAUUCUUUCAAUUACAAAAAGACAUUCUUUUCGAGGCUAAAUCUAGUCCAGAUUCACUCCAUAAUGUUUACAUUUUGGAAUUUGCAUUUUUUUUUCUCUCUAGUUUAAGAUACCUUUCUACAAUUUUUCUCUGUAAAAAUAUUAAUCAAUAUAGGUACCAAUUACACUUGCAUUGUAAAUACAUAUACAAUAUAUUAGGUUGUUGCAUCACAAAUGGCAGAAUUCUGCUAGAACAUUAGGAUAUAAAAGUAUCACAAUGGCUACCAUGCAGAGCAGCCAUGCAAAGUAUAUGUACAGUCCUUUUGUAACUUUUUUAAAAUUGAACCAAACGAGUUUAUUUGAAUUUACGAAAGA